AUGAGAGUUGUUGUGCUAGCCCUGACGCUGGCCCUAGUGGCCAUAUACAAAAUGCAUUUCUCUCCUCAGUUUAAAACCAACAAGCUUUAUGAAUACAAGUAUGAAGCAGCGGUCCUGGGUAAAUUACCAGAGGACACAAAAUCUGGUCUCAAAAUGACAAGCAAAGUUCACAUCAGUGUCCUAAGAGAUGACCAGCACAUCAUGAAGCUUGAGGACGUUAAAUUCUUUGAGCACAGUAAAGCUGAGUAUGGAAAUCGUUUCAUCCCAGAAACUGAUGCUCUGGAAGCUCAGCUCAUGAAGCCCAUCAAGUUUAGGUAUGAAAAUGGUGAGGUGAAAGAAGUAAGCACUGCUGAUGGAGUCUCAAUACAGGCACAAAAUAUCGCAAACAGCAUCCUGAAUCUUCUUCAAGUCAAAGUCAAGAAAACACUGAACAUCUAUGAGUUGUAUGAGGAUGGAACUCAAGGUGAGUGCAAAAACUUAUAUGUCAUCCCUGAAGAAGAAUCCAGGGGAUGCAUGCAAUUGAUGAAGACCAGAGAUUUGGAACACUGCCGAGAGAGGACCAUGAAAUUCUCAGGGUUGGCAUACACUACAAAGUUGGCAAAGAGCCAGCAGGAUCCUCAUGAAGGUCAAAACCUGAAAGGUGUUACAACAUACUAUUAUGACUUGAACAUGGCUGACAAAGUCCAAAUCAUGGCUGUAAAUGCUACCGAAGUGAUUGAAUUCAUACCUGUCCAAGAGAUGAAAGGAGCUGCUCAAAUAAUGACAGAGCAAAUCCUGACUUUCCAUAACAUUUUGGAUGGUGUUCUGGAUGUACCCUCUCACCUCCAUUAUUCAGUGGAGCGAAGAUCCCUCAAGUACAAGUUUUCCACCGAGCAUCUUCAGACACCUAUCAACCUCAUACAGCCUGAAAGAUCACAGAGGGGUGUGACUUCAGACUUUUACUUGAACGCAUCAAUUGAAGAAUAUCUAAGGAAACUGGUCCAGUUCAAUGUUAACCAAGUCAAUGAGAAUGCACCUGAGGUUUUCCUUGGGCUGAUUCACAACCUUCGGAGAAUCAGCUAUGAAGAGCUGAAAAACAUAUUAGAUCGACACUGGAACGCUCCUCAAUACAGAUCACUGCUUUUAAAAACCAUUCCUGCCAUCGGUACAAAUGUUGCUCUGAAAUUCAUCCAUGAGAAACUGCUGCAUGGCAACAACCAAAUCAACACUGCUGAACUUAUUCAGUUAUUGAUUGGAUCCUUCCACAUGGUGACAGCAGAUCCUGAGGCUGUUGAGCUGCUUGAGCAAAUGGCUUUUAACCAAGAUUUACAACAAACUCUGAGAAAUGAAUACACGGGUGUGCGUGACAUCCUCAUGCUUGGUUAUGGUACCAUGAUUUCAAAAUACUCUAUUGAGGAGCCUGAGCGUGCUGACAAAUACGUAAAGCGCAUCCGGGACCAACUUAACAGAGCUGUCGAAGAGGAUGAUAUACACGAAAUCCUCCUGCUUCUGAAGGUUUUGGGAAACACUGGUCAUCCAUCUGCCAUUAAGUCAAUCUCAAAGUGCCUGCUUCUUCCAGCAGAUAAACCAGAAGUUAAGAGAAUCCGUACUGAAGCCAUUGGGGCCAUGAAGAACAUCGCAAAGAAACAUCACAGAAUGAUCGAGGAAACUGUUCUUCCACUUUACUUGGACAAAACUCUUGACUCAGAGCUCCGUAUACUUGCAUGCUGGCUGCUGUUUGAGUCGAAGCCUCGGUUGACGAUGGUUUCCACCAUGGUCCGCAGUUUAAGGACAGAGAGAGACAUUCAAGUUGCAUCCUUCGUACAUUCUCUGGUUUGGCAGAUGUCCCAGAGCACUGCUGCUAUCCAUGCUGAACUGCAUCCUUUGUGUAAAGUGGUACUAGUAUAUGUAUUAACUCUGCUCCUUCAUAAAUGUCUUUACAGGGCACAAGCUUCCAAAAUUGCUCUCAAACUCUUACGCCAAAAUCAAAGUCUAAACUUACGCAGAAGAUGGGAAAGUCUGGACUUUGUCUACAGCAAAGCCAUCCAUAUGGACUACUACAACAAUACCUUGAAGCUUGGUGCUGAUGGAAGCCGUCUCAUCAAUGACCACGCAACUUUAUUCCCAAAAACGAUUGUGGCUAAGACCAGCGCUUACUUUUCUGGAGCUACUGCUGAUGUUCUAGAGGUUGGAGUGAAACUGGAGGGACUGCAGGAGGCUCUUCGGAAGAAACAGAUCACUGAAAGCCAGGACAGGUUAACCAAGAUGCAGCGUAUCCUUAGCACUAUCAGUCAUUUCAGGAAUUUGCCUGCACGUGGGCCACUGUUUUCUGCAUACGCCAAGGUCUUUGGACAAGAAAUUGCCUUCGUAACCAUUGACAAACCCAUGAUUACAAAGGCAGUCGAGCUUGCCAAGGAAGCAGCUCAGCACUACGGAAGGAAUUUCGUUGAUGCUCUACUGUCUGGGGAUGCUCGCUAUUCUGAGUCUUUUGUGAAUCCAGUUCUGGUUGCUGAGAUGAAGUGUGUCAUUCCCACUAUUGGAGGAAUUCCCUUUGAGAUGAGUCUAUCCACUGCUGCUGUUGCUGCUGCAGAUGUUCAGGUUCACAUUGCCUCAACACCAAAACAGGAUGGAUCUAAUGAUGACUUACUGAACAGAAAAUAUCAACUUGAAACUGAAAUCAGACCAAGGAUUGAUAUGACGACAUUUGCUGUGAUGGGAGCAAACACAGAGGCACUUCAGGUUGCAAUACUAUCAAGAGCUAAAUUCAGCUCCUUCGUGCCUGCCAAGAGCGCUGGUCUUGACAUCACUGAUGAGAACUUUAAGAUUGAUAUCCUGCCUGUUUCCAUGCCUAAGAACAUUGUUGAUAUUGAAGUUGAAACUAUUCCAGUUGCAAGAAACAUUGACAACACAACAGUUAAUGUUCAGGAGCUAUCCUCCCUAGAGGAACUUUCUUCUGCUGACACUUGGUCCCAAAAGACACUGUCCCAAAGGUCGGCUGACAUCAAGCAAUGGAAAGCAGCCAGGAAGACACGUUGUAUCAAGGUCUUUGGAGCAAUGCAGGUUUGUUUGAGCAUUGCCACUAACAGCUCUGCCAGGAGAGACAAGGCCUUGACUGGAAAGCACUCACUUGCGCUGUCUUUGAAACCAAUUGAAGGUGAACCUGUUGAAAAGCUUCAAAUGGAGGUUCAAGUUGGACAAAAUGCUGCAAGGAAGAUGAUGAAACAGGUCGAUCAGUGUGCCGAAGAAAUCAUUGAAGGAAGACCCAUUUUGACAAAGCUCAGGAAAAUCUUGGCUCCUAGUCAUAGAAACAGCAGUAGGUCAGCAUCUUCUUCCAGCAGCGUAUCUUCCAGCUCAUCCAGCUCCUCCAGCUCAUCCCAUCCCACAAGUAAUGCCAUUGAUGCAGUAAUUCAAGCCUUUGGACUUCAAAGACGCCGAAGCAGCAGUAGCAGCAGCAGGCGCAGCAGCAAGAGGAGUAGCAGCAUCUCAAGUAGCAGCCGCAGAAGCAGAAGCAGCAGCAGCAGCAGCAGCAGCAGCGUUAGCAGCAGCAGCAGAAGCAGCAGCAGAAGCAGAAGCAGAAGCAGCAGCAGCAGCAGAAGCAGAAGCAGCAGCAGAAGCAGAAGAAGCAGAAGAAGCAGCAGCAGCAGCAGAAGAAGCAGCAGCAGCAGCAGAAGCAACAGCAGCAGCAGAACCAGCAGAACCAGCAGAACCAGCAGAACCAGCAGACGCAGCUCCUCCAGAUCACUCAGAUCUUCCAGUGCAAGUUCUGCAUCUAGCCUCAUGUCUAUUUUCUCAUCAAGCUCUAGUUCUUCCUCCAGGUCUCGUAACUCAAAGGAAUCUCAGCGCAGGUCAGCAUCAUCUUUCGUAAGCCGUAGUGCAAGCUCUCAAGCCUCCAACACGAAGGACAAAUCCUUUGAUGAUCCUAAUGUCACCAUCCUCCUGAAAGUUGUCAGAGCUGACAUGAAGCCACAGGGUUAUCAAAUCACUACCUACAUGGACAGAUCUACAACCAAGCUUCACAUGAUUCUGGCAGACUUGGCAGAAGACUGGAUGGUCCGUGCUGAUGUGGUGCCGAGAGUGCAUAGAGCAAUUGCCAAAAUCAGGUGGGGAGAAAAAUGCAGAGGAUACAACACCACUAUCACAGCUGAGACCGGCCUUGUUGGUCAAAACCCUGCAGCUCGCCUCAAAGUGCAAUGGUAUUUUGAGUCAUGCACAAUGCAGAGAUCAACAAAGUCACUUACCUGUUUUGCUAAGGCUGGUUCAGCUCAGUGCAUGUUUGAUGGAACCACACUGGUCACAUUCAACAAGAACCAUUUCCAGAACUACCAGCCAUUGCCUUGCUACCAAGUUCUGGCCCAGGAUUGUACUGGAGAGGUGAAGUUUAUUGUUCUGCUGAAGAAGAUGAGAAGCCAACACCAUAUCAAUGCAAAAAUUGCUGACUUUGACCUUGACCUCUAUCCAAUGGACGCUGAAGUGGUUGUCAAAUGUGCUAUCAUGAUGCAAGAGAAGGGGUAAGGCAUCUCUGUGACCGCUGGCUCUUUUGGACUUAAUGUCUACUUUGACAAAGAAUCAUGGAAGGUUGAUAUCGAGGACUGGAUGAGAGGACGCGUCUGUGGAAUUUGUGGCAUGGCUGAUGGACAAGUCUCAAAGGGAUUUUACGGACCUGACGGACAUGAGAUCAAAAAUCCUGUCAGCUUUACUCAUUCUUGGGUUCUGUCCGCUCAGAGCUGCAGGGACAACAGUGAGUGCCGUUUGAGGCUUGAGACUUUGCAGAGGCAGAAGCAGUUCCAGGGUCAGCAGUGACGUGCCUCUGUUGAGCGUGUGCUGCAGUGCUUGCCCGGCUGCUCCCCUGUGAGGACCACCCCCAUCACCGUUGGCUUUAACUGCCAGCAAGCAGGUGGCCAGCACAGCUCAGAGGUUACCAGUGUCCACAAUCACAGCGCCGACCUGAUGGAAACUGUACAAGCCCACCUUGGCUGCAGCUGUAACGCACAGUGCUCUUAA